UGGUGGUCCGAUAUGGGAAGAUAUCGUUGGAAAAGGUGGAAAGUUGUUUACAGCGUUAAGGUUUGUGCCCAGUACCUGAUAUUUUUCAGAGCGACUGUUCAUGCGACCAAUGCUUUCCUAGACGCCAUUCAGAGGCUCGCUGAUUUAGCCUCGAAAACCUCUGGCGGCAGUAAGGAAAUUGGCGCACAUUUUACGCGUUUGUGUAUGCGUCAAAAACGCCUUGGAACAAAGGUCAAAACUAUGGGCAAUCAGUUGAUCACGUGUAUGGUCAAUCCAAUGUCCAGUCACAUGGAGGAGUGGAAGAAGACACUUGCUCAGAUCGAGAAGGAGCACAAUCGUGAGGCUAAGCGCGCUCGGGGGGAGUUGAAGCGAGCUCUGUCGGAAGCGAAUCGCUUGAAACGCAAGCUGGCCAAACAAGGGAAUGGGAGCACAUUGCACAGUCGCCAAAGCAGUGGAGGCAGUACUAUCGGUCAGGGUGUAGGUCUGGGGGAGCCUCCCACAUCCGGUCGGGUUCUCUCCCCCACAGUUACUAUUGGGAUCGGUACUAGUUCCCUCGCCGUUCGUACUGAAUCUGCCACAAAGGUUUUAGAAGAGAAGAUUCGUCAAAUGGAAGACCUAGAAAGAGCUACCAUCAAACGGCUCAUGCUUGAGGAACGUGGACGUUAUUGUUUCUUCUUCAAUUGCCUCCGACCAGUACUAGAAACGGAAACCAGCCUCCUUGGUGAAAUUUCUACACUUCACGAACUCUUCACCGCCCUAUCCACUGCAACGGAGGACCCAAGCUGCUUACUAGAGGAGGCGGAGACUGUUUUAGCUCAUGCCGGAGCAGGAGGUGAGGCAGGAAUUCCGGUGUCACCUACUCGACCGCUCUGCUCUCCAGGCACCAACGAAGUUGAGGCUUUUGCCUCUGCCGUUGAUGCAAUCAUGUCCAAUCGACAACGCCAGCAGCAUCAAGCUCACAUUGGAGACGAGGCCACUCCAAGUCUUGCCUCUGAGAGCCUCGACUCCACCUCCUCCGGAUGGAGUAGCAGUGGUGGUGGAGGAGUUGACACAAAGGCAAUCGGAUUGAGCGCCAGUCCCAACUCCAGUCAAGUCUCUGUCCAUAGCACCGGCAGCAGUGUGUUUGCUCCACAAAACCAAAUCAACGCUAUUCUCAGGCAGUCCCGUGGUCAGAACGACAACGGACCUCGCUCGGCCUCCGUGGGCCGACCAACGAUUAACGGGUUGUCUCAACGCAUCGUCACCUCCUGUGGCGGUGAGGAGGUGAUUCUUCGCCGCCCAACCACCAAUGGAGCCUGCAUGGCGUCAAUAUCUGCCCGUCAGCGCCCUCAAACUGCAACUUCAAGUGCAAAGGAAGCUUCCAGUUUCUACACCUCCUCCAUUGCCACAUCAGCCGACCCAAGUCCGAACCAUCGACACUCCACGUGUACAUUGCAACAGCUUAACGACACACUUCUGUCAUCGGGGGAGGCGACAAGCAAUGCGAAAGCCAGCAACAGUACUAGACUGACGGAGAACGAGGAGGCGGAGGAGGAGGAAGAAACCGCAUCGGGGACGCUGGAUGAUGAGACUUCGGAUGAUGGCGUUCUCUCUGAUGAACGCAGACUCUCAAGCGGUGGUUGCAGAAACACUCUCACUGGCAGUGACGAAUUGGCUGCACCAACUCUCUCCAACGUUCUCACUCGCGAGCAUCGAUGUGAGUCUGCGAUGUGCAUUCUAGUGGAGGCUGAGAUUGGUAUUGCCGUUUGUAACUGUCGUCGCAUGGUCGUGCAGUCGUUGAGUGUCAGCACUGAAACAGCCGUGUAUGAUGAUGUUCCAAGAAAGUUGAACCGAGUUAGCGACGCCUUUCUUGCACUUCGUUGCAUCAGCUGGAUUCCGAAGUUGACCGAUUCUCCGGCCCUAUCACGUGGAGGUGACCCACAGGCGAUGCUCUACCCGGACCAGUCACUCCCUCCGCCUGUAUACACUAACUUGAAUAAGCUGACGCAUGCUGCCCAUCGCAAGUUCUCCAUGUCUACGACUGUGGCGUCGAACGCACCCGGCAUUGAUGCAGACGUGGGCGCAUGGCAACCCAUAGACGAGGGCGACAACCUCUCCAUCGCCUCUGCACCGCACGUUCAGCCCGAGCAGAAGACAACGAACGGAGGCGUCUACUCGGUACCCGGUUCGCCUCACCGACCCUCCUACUCUACCUCUUCUUCCAACUCUCGACCUCGUGGUGGUUCCACAGGUGUGGAGGACCCCUUCUCCAUCGAGAUGGAUGAACUUGAUCGAAUGGUCACUGUAAGCAUUCAAGCGGAACCACUUCAGUACAUUCUUCGUCAGAUUUCCGAGCAGGCGGCACUUUGGCAAUUGAAUGAACAGACUUGCGAUCGCAUGUUCGCGUUUCGUAAACUGACACAGGACUUGGCUCACGUAUGCCAAGUUAGGGAGGAACUGUGUUUGGAGUUGAAGUCUACAAUGAAAAGGCGUCUGGGUGUACAAGUGCGUGGUCUCGGUCACAUCACCUCCAGACGCGUUUGCGCACAAUGUUGCUCCACUGGUGUGGACAUUACCUGUCCCACGGAUGCGUCACUUCCUCUGGCGGUAGACGCCCCUCUGGCGUGCGACUUCUGCACCCUGACCUCGCGUUCAAUGACCCACGCCGAGGACUCGAUGCUCUCUCAGCCCUUCUCUUAUCACAACCAAUCCUUUACAGACUUUGUGGAGGCGGAGAGGGUGGAGAGGGAUCUUAGUUUUCCCCUUCCACGUGCCCCACCCAAACCGAGACUCUGUGCGGGCUCAGAGGCACCCAUCAGAAACCUCAUCAAAAAUGCCCGCUCUGCCUCCUCCCUUGCAGGGAGGUCCGCUCUCCCCCCUCCUGUGCCAUUCCGAUCUUCCUCCCUUCGACGAAUUUCGAAAACCAAGGGGUCCUAG